AUGGAGCUGUGGAGGCAGCUGAGGCAGGCUGGACUGGUGCUUCUGGAGCUGGGCCCCCCUCCCCAGGCCCUGAGGGGGGGGUCCCCAGUGGAAAGCACUGGCCUGACCCUUGUGUCCCCAGGGGCAGGCCCUGGAGAUACCAGGGAGAGUCUGCUGUGGAUCUGGGAGGAGCUGGGGAACCUGCGCUGUGUGGAUGUCCAGCUGCUGGGCCGGCUGUGCAGCCUGGGGCUGGAGAUGGGGGUGCUACGGGAUGAGCUUGUCAGCAUCCUGGAAGAGGAGGAGAGUGGUGAGGAAGAGGAAGAGGAUGAAGAGCCCCAGGGGAAGUAG